GAUUUGACUUAUGGAAACAUCAGGACCAUAAAUGAAAAGGAGGUCAAGACAUACACACAUCUGGAAUUUUUGUAAGUACCUAAAAUGAACCUUGAGCUCAGUUUACUCCUUAGGAACUGUUAAGCAACAAACCAUCAUCAGUCCACGGCUAAAACAACCGUAACAAAAAGUGAAUUCGCCCGCUUAUAUUUUUUCUCAAACUGUAAAAAACUAGCCUGCGAAAACAUCCGUUUCUCCACGCUCUUCGCCGCUAAGGACGUUUCGCGCGAAACGUCCCCAGCGGCGAAGAGCGAGGAGAAACGGAUGUUUUCGCAGGCUAGUAAAAAACUUAAACGAAUUUUUACUUGGAGUUGGAUAUUUCGAGCAGAAUCGAAGUUCAUAAUUAUAAUUCAUAAUCGUAUAUUCAUGUCCUCCGUAAAAGGUUUGAAAUUUUACUUCUUACUUGUCUAGAGAUAGAGGACGGUAAAAAAAGUGUGAUGUACGUGAAGAGUCUUUGUUUUGAUCAUUUAAAUUCAACUUUUUAAGUUGCUGUCAUAGCAUUGCCCCCAGAAUGCAAUAAAAUGUAAAUCUAACCGUCUUUUUCACAGAGCCCCUAUUUUGCUCGCGCCCCGCAAAUGUUCUGCGCGCUCGCACUCGCUCGUUCGAUCUCGCAGGCUCGCUCUCGCGCACUCGCCGACAACAAAACAACGCCUGUGUACACGCUAAAUCGUCUUCCCCUUUUAUGUGGUAGGUUCAUUAACCACAAUCCCCUGGACUGUGACCAUGCAACUACUUACACCCUGAAACACGUAGUGAUAGAGAUUAUGAAGCUGAAGUCUUUCCAUGGGCAUAAGAUAAAAUGUCUAAAUUUGAAAAGAUCCCCUUACGGAAUGGCAGGUAAGUAACCUCGAAAAGGAACAACAAGGACAGGGAUUUUGGGUUUUGACCGCGCAAAAAAUGGAACGACAGCCAAAAAAUGAAAGAGGGGGAGGGGAAGAGGAAGGAAGGAAACCCUUCUUUUCUUCCCCUCCUCUCUCUGCUCUUUCACUUGUGCCAUUUUUGCGCGGGCUUUGACUCUCGUUCCUCGUUUCUUUGCUUCCAAACUGUACGGAAAGGCUUGCUACGCAGGCUAAUUUAGCCACCAAAGCCUUUACUGUAUUUCGCGACCACUAUGGGAGAGGAAAUAAGAGAACAAAGGAACAAUACGAAAAAUGGGGUAUACUGCUGAAAUAUCCGUAAGACAAAUGAAGAAGAAGAAGAUUUCAUGAAUGUGUACGGCAUAUAAACUAUACCUGCCAACUCUCACGCCUUAGGCGUGAGUCUCACGCCUGCGGCUUGAAAACUUCGAUCUCACGCCGGCUCAAGCCUGCGGGCCAAUUUCUCACGCCUGAUUGAAAAAUGUGAGUUGUUGCCGUCCUGCUUUACACAAUUUCCAAAAAUAUGUUAAUUCAGACCCAUGUAAGGAACGAAAACCAUGUGUAAAAUAAAUAAAUGGCAAUACCUUCCUCGCGAUCUCUGAUUUUUGAAGUGAAAAGCACUGGGAGCGAGCUCGCCUUUGGCAGACUUCGGACGUCUUCGGGAAUAAAUAAAAAAUCCCAGCACUCAUUUUUAUAUCUCAGAAAAAGUUGGCAGGUAUAUAUAAACUCAUUUUUUAACUCUUUGACUGGUUGGAUUUUCUUGCGGUACUAAUUUUCAGCAGUCAAAAAGAGUUGCCUCUAGUCUAUCCCCUGAUUUUUACAAGCCCCAGUCCCAUGGAAGCUUUUGAACUAAUUUGGCGAGUACGUAACGUACUAUAGCUAAUAAUUCUAACUGCAAAAGCUUACUUCGAGUUAUUUCACAACAGCUAGUGGUAAAAAAGAUCAUGCCAGCAGUGUUACAAACGUUUCUAUUCACGGUUUCAUCGACCAUCAACCUCCUAACUUCAGGACACCCAGAACCGUGGCAGAGGUGUUGUUUACAACCUUUCUUGGAAUGAUGGCGGUGGUUGGCUGGAUGGUAGUGGUUUUUCUUUGCUGGGUGGCAGUGAAUUUUGUGUAAGUGAAUAUGCAACACUCAUUAAUUAUUUAUCAAGUUAUGACCAAUGCCUCAAUCUUUUGUCAAAUUCCCUAAUAUUCUGUUUACAAAUCGACAAAAAUAUUCGAUGGUCUACACUUUUAUUAACCGUAGAAAUGACGUCAAAAUGUUCAAAUCUCUGGUGGAACUACGAGCUGUAGGCGAGUUUUUUUUUUUACUGUAAAGCAGCUUAACUCAGUUUGUGACUUGUGAUGGGUUGAAGGAAAUUUGAAGCAUACUCUGAAUGACUAAUUUCUUCAAACGUAUUUUGGACACAUUUCGACAGCCUAAGAAAACAGCCGACAUUUCGCGACAGUCUGCACUGGUUUCCCCGCGAAAUGACGUCUGUGAAACUUGCGCCGAAAUUCCAUACUGAUGACCAUGCCUCUGAUUGGUCGUGCCGCGUGGGCUCCAGUCAAUCAGAAGCGCUACCCAGACCUUGAUAGUGACGCGUCAUCAGUAUAGAAUUUCUGCGGUCGUUUCUUUUCGCAGGGAGACCAGUGUUGGCUUCGCGAAAUGUGGACUGUUUUCUCAGUCUAACAUUUGGAUAAAACUUUUCUUUUUGCUCUGCAUUUUUAUCAGCUCUGCCAGGAAAAAACUUUCAGGCGCUCAAGAUCCGGUAAGUCAAAUGGAAGAGGGAACUGCGGCGGAAACUCAAUCACAAGACACAGCCGCUCAAGCGCUGAUUGAAGGUUUGAAGAGACAGAGACGGAACUCACAAGGUUUUCCAGAAAAUGCCAUUGUUAACUCAGAGGAUGAUGACGUCAUAGAGGAGGAAGAUUAUCUGAAGGAAAAAAUGAAGAAACAGAGACGCCAUUCUCAAGGCUAUGCAACUGAGGCUGUAUCCAGUGACGAGGAAUCCAAUAUGGUCGAAAUCAACUUGAACGAGGCCAGGAGCCCAUAA